AUGAUUUGUCGUGACUCAAUAAAAACUGUAAGUCUCUUGCCAAAGAAAAAUAGGAUGAUGACACUGGUUAAGUUGAUGAUGAUUGGAAAAAUUCUUAAGGCUAAAUUCGAUAUGAUGCUCAAGUUGUAUACGGCAGGAAUUCAAACGAAGAUAUUUUUCGUUCUUUUGUCCAUUUUAGCAUUACAGAAGAUCAAAUUUUUUAUGGACUUGAAAAAACACGAACCACAUAAGGCUAUUUACUAUGAACAUGCGCAACAUGAUCAUCACUACGAUGACGCAUCAUGGGGACAUGAGGAAGAAACUAUUCAAAUUAAGUUAAGGCUGGACAGAACCAAUAUAUUCGAUAAUUUCGUAUGGGGAAUUUGGUUAAUGCCAGAACAUUUACCUCCACCAUCUUUACUAACCCUUCCGAGUAAUGCUACAAGCAUACGCACAGACAUCAGUGAUUCUUUCCAUUGCGAAGGGCGAGAGUAUGGAUAUUACGCAGAUGUAGAAAAUGACUGCCAACUAUUUCAUGUCUGCUUACCAGUUACCUACUCAGAUGGUAGAAACCAAACCUUUAGGUGGAGCUUCAUUUGUCCAGAGGAAACAAUUUUUAACCAGGAAAUGUUCACCUGCACUCGAGCAGACGAAGCCAUCGACUGUACAGAAUCACCAAGAUUUUACGAGUUAAACAGAAACUUCGGAAGCGAAGAAGUAAUCGGUGAAGCCGUUGAACCACCACUACCACAAUCAACAGACGUUCACUACCUAGAAGAAGCUACGGCGGUACCUGAAGUUCCACAAGGACUAGGCAGGAAUUUGUCCAGAAGGGGAGGAAACAAACGUGAACAGAGGAAAUUGUAGAGUGGAAUUUAGGUGUUGCUUUUAAAUU